CACAUUUCAUUUAUCCUCACCGCGAGGGGCCGGGGCAGGGCAGGUGCUAUUAUUUGUCUCCAUUUUACAGAUAAGGAAACUGGAGCCCAGAGGUGAAGUGAUUUAUAGUUCAGCUCAUACGUGGUGGAAGACAGGGUUGGGAUGGGAACCCCAGGCCGGCAGAGGCCUCUGCUCACCCUUCCCCCUUGACAAAGGAGAAGACGAGUGGAUAGAUUACUUGCCUUCUCCAUGGGAGGGAGGGGGAGAAUUGGGAGCUCAGAAUUUAAAAAGAUGAAUGUUAAAUAAAUAAAAGAUAACCAGUGGGAAGACCGAGAGUAGGGGUGGGGACUCCCCAGGGUCACGGGGUGGGGGAGGUAAUCAGGGACAGGAAUGCCGGGGUGUGCCCAGAGGCAGCUAGAAUUGGCCUGGUCCCUGGCCCCUGGCUUCCCCCCUUCCUCUAUGAGACAUUCCUUCCUCCUCAGCACCCAGCGGGCAGUAGGGAAGUGUUUGUCGACAGUUAAGAGACAAGCCAGGGUACACGCACCGCAAAGGCCCCUGUGGAUGUACUCUGAUGCAAACACACACUGUUUCCCAAGGGGGCCGGAAAUUCGUUAGUCACCGCAGGGAGAAGGUGAAGGGGGUGGUGUAGAGGGGUGGCUGUAGAGAGGUGUGGAGACCGGUCCAGGCCCGUCUAGGCUCCAGCUCCCGGGGACCCCCCCUAGCACCGGGGGUCCCCUGCCAUGCGCUGCUCCAAGUGUAUGCUUUGUCUCCUGGCUCUCCUCACCCUGCUGGCUCUCAAGGUUUACAUCGAAUGGAGUUCAGACCCUCUGUGGCUCAAGAGAUACCAGGAGGGGCACGAGUCGGAGACCCUAACCAAUCCCAGUGCCUCCACGUUCGAGCCGUCCCUUCCUGCCAACCUUUCUGGGCGCCUGGGCCAGCCGGGAGCCCCGGCCACAGCUUAUUGGAACAGGCAGCAGCAGCUGUUCCAGGCCCUGCCCCGGGUGGGUGGCUCUGCGGCAGGGGACUGCCAGGCUUGGGGAAAAGCAGCGGCAGCCAAGAUCCCCGACUUCGCCUCCUACCCGGUGGCUCACCGGCGCUUCCUCCUCUCCGCCGCUUGCCGAGAUUACCCCUGGUGGGUGUCGGGCUCUGUGGUUCCCAGCUGCCUGGGUUCUGAUGCCCCCUACUUGCUCCUGGCCGUGAAGUCAUCUGCAGGCAGAUUCGGGGAGCGCCAGGCCAUUCGAGAGACGUGGGGUGGGCCCGAGCAUGGGGUCCGCCUUCUUUUCCUCCUGGGCUCCCCUCGGGGAGAGCCAGGCCCUGACCUGGGUCCCCUGGUGGAGUGGGAGAGUCGUCGAUAUAGGGACCUGCUGCUCUGGGACUUCCUGGAUGUCCCCUUUAACCGCAGCCUCAAGGAUGUGCUGUUUCUCCGGUGGCUGGCCCACCACUGCCCCCAGGUGACCUUCGUCCUCAGGGCGGAGGACAACAGCUUUGUUAACAUCCAGGCCCUGCUGAAGCUGCUCCGGGGGCUGCCCCCGGCCUCGGCCCGAGGCCUCUACCUGGGCCACGUCUUCGACCAGGCCUUACCCAUCCGGACCCCCAAAGGGCCCUACUACGUGCCCGAGACCUUCUAUGCCGGCCCCUACCCAGCCUAUGCCAGUGGGGGCGGCUAUGUGUUUGCUGGGCAGCUUGCCCCGUGGUUGCUCCGGGCUGCUGACAGGGUGGUUCCCUUCCCCAUCGACGAUGUCUAUUCCGGCCUCUGCUUCCAGGCGUUGGGCCUGGCCCCCCAGAAUCACCCCGGCUUCCUCACCAACUGGCCAGCCAAAGGCAAGCAGGAUAACCCCUGCAUCCACCAGCGCCUGGUGCUGGUUCAGCCCCGGGACCCCCAGGAGACCAUUCGGCUUUGGAAGCUUAUGCAAAACCGGCAGGACCAUUGUUGAGGCCUUGGCCGCGGAUGGGGGUGGGGUGGCCCUCCUCUGCUCCGGCCCCGCCCUCUCUUCCCAUCAGAGGCCCACUCCCUGGAACCUCUGCCUCCGGGGUCACAGCUUGUGAGGGAGGGAGGCUGGGGGCCUGCGGGGAUCCAAGGGCCCAGCAGGGGAGGCCCCAGGGCCCAGACUGUCUUCGGCGUCCUGGCAGUGACGCCCUCGUGCUUGGCGCUGAGAGAGGCAGGCUGUAUGCAGCUUCUAUUUAUUUAAAACGCCCCCCUUCCUGAAUCUAGCCUCCGGAGUAAUUUCUGUUUCUCACUAGGGUAGGGGGCCAGAAUCCUCCUCCACUCCACCCUGGGGAGCACAAAGCAAUGGCUGGCACUCCCCACUGCACCCCCGGGGGAAAGUCUUGCCCUUGGCACCUGGGCAAGGCCCAGCCAGGGGAAGAUGGGUGAAAAACACCCUCCGUCUUCGGAGGGGGCCUGGCCCAGCCCACCUAGCAUGGCUUUGCUAGGGAAGGCCCACUUGAACUGGGAGGUGCUUCCUAAAAAGGACCCUGGAGCAUGAGUUAGGAAAUGGGGACUGCAGUCCCUGCCCUACCUUUCCCCAGGGGGUCUUAGCUUGGGCCUGUGCCCUAUGGGCUCUCAGCCUUGGGGUGCCCUUCAAGGGAUGGACAUCCCAGCUUCAACAGUCUGGGCAGCUAUGAGUUGUGGCCUCCAAGCCCAGCUUGAAGCCGUGUCCAAGAGGCAAUUUUUCAACUGAAAGCCUCUCCCCCCCCC